CACAUUUCUCUUCUCUUUUUCUUUUUCUUUUUCCCCCCUUUUUUUCCAUCAUAUCGAUUGACAUUUCUUCACAGACAUUCAAAAGCAUUUCACACACGCACAACUGUCUUCAGUAGUUCAAUGACGACCCGUGUCCUUACUUCCAUGCGACUGCCGCCUCCUCUGUCUUCCUCCCUUGUAUCCUCAUCGUCCACUACUCGCAUCUUACUUUCUUCUUCUUUGCUGCCCAAGCGCAGUUUCCAUCCAUCUUUACUCUCCCACGCUCAGCGUCCCCCCCAAAAAUCUCAAUCUUUCCCUUUCUUCUCUUCCUCCCGUUUCACACACCAUCAAUCCACCGCCGCUGCUACCGCCACCGCUGCUGCUCCCAAGACUCCUGUUUGGCAAAAGGUAGCUAUCGGCGGCACUGUCGCCCUUGCUACCUCUGCUACCCUCCUGAACCGACUUGUAAAGGCUCCCCAUCUAGAGGCAGGGAACAGCUACUCCAUCAGUAUCGCUGGCAACAAUGUGAUCGAUGAUCUCAAAGAUGAACAGAACCGUAUUGGAGUCGAGAAAAAGUCAACAGCAGAGUUGAUGUUGUCCAUGUUGGUCUAUAAGAUGUGCACCUUUCGUCUAUUGGUCGAUCUGGCUCCCCAGUUGAUUUCCCUGGCUGAGAUGAUGCACCUGACCCCACCGGUUUAUUGGUUCAUCCGCAAGACAUUCUUUGCACAGUUCUGUGGUGGUGAAUCUGCUGAAGAUUGUAUCGGAACAAUGAAUAGUCUCAAGAGUGCAGGCAUCAACUCGAUCUUGGAUUUGUCCAUUGAGGCCGAUUUGAAUGAAGCGGACCUUCAGAAUCAAUCCCCAACAGAGAUCCGUGCCAGCUUCAAUAAGAGCGCUGACAAUAUUGCUCAACAAAUCAGCACUUGUAUCGAAACUGCCUCUGCUCUAUCGAAAUCCUUUGCUGCCAUCAAAAUCACCGCCAUGGGCUCACCUCUAUUGUUGAAACAGGUUUCCUCUACAUUGAAGGCCGUUGAGAACAAAUUCAAAAAUAUGGAUCAGGACAAAGACGGAAAGAUUACAAAAGAAGAAUUUAAGCAGAUUGUAAAGUUGCUUCCAAGUCCUGCCCUCGACAAAGAUCAAUCCAUCGAGUCUGUUGUCGAGCAGUUAUUCAAAGAGGCUGACAAGGAUCAGGAUGGUAUGAUCGACUGGGUUGACUUUGCUUCCACCGUCUCUUUGAAUCGUGAGGAGACUCGCUCGUUGUUCAUCAGCAAUGAAGUCUCUUCAUCUGAACCAAUCCCUGGCCUGAUCAAGGAGGAUCUUGAGGACUACAAGCGUUUGUUGACACGCAUGGAGAACAUUUGUAAUCAAGCUCAAAAAACCCAUACCCGUCUCAUGAUCGAUGCCGAGCAGUCCUACUUUCAACCUGCCAUCGAUGCUGUCGCCCUGCACCUCAUGGAGCACUACAAUAACACACCUCAUGUAGAUGGACCUCUUGUCUUCAACACGUACCAAAUGUACCUCAAGGACGCCUUUGGCCGUCUUCAGCAGGACUAUACCCGUGCUCAGCGCAACGGUUACGUGUUGGCUGCCAAGCUUGUCCGUGGCGCCUACAUGGUCAGUGAACGUAAGCGAGCCAUCGAGUUGGGAUUGGAGGACCCUAUCUGUGAUGGUAUCCAAGCGACCCAUUCCUCUUACAAUGCUGGGGUUGAUUUCAUGUUGGAAAAGAUGAUUGAACAAAAGCAAAAGUUGAUCCAAGAAAAGGACCAGAAUGGGUCACCGUCCUCACUCUCACUCAAGACCACCCCCGUGGUCCUGUUUGUUGCUUCACAUAACAAGGACUCUGUGAUGCGCACUUGUGAACGGAUGCAAGAGCUUGAAUUGACUCCACAAGCUGGUUUGGUUAUGUUUGGUCAACUGAUGGGCAUGUGUGAUCAGAUCUCAUACACGCUUGGGCAGCAUGGUUAUGGCAUCUACAAGUAUGUUCCUUAUGGCCCUAUUCAUCAUGUCAUUCCAUACUUGAUUCGUCGUGCCCAGGAGAAUGCUUCUGUUCUUGGUGGUGUUGCAAUUGAGCGUAAUUUGUUGUGGCAGGAGCUCAAGUCUCGUUUCAUUGCCCAGAAAGAGCGCGCACAGAUCCAGGCUGUCCCUACACCCAUAGUACCCGCUGGUCCUGCUACUACUUUGUAAAAAAAAAGGCUUAAGGAAUUUUUCCUCGCACCAGCAAACCCUACUCCCCUCUCCUCUCUAUUCUCUCCAUCAAGGCUUUUUACAACAUAGCAAUAUUUUUCCGUGUUUUUGGGUUUUUUUUUUAUUUAUAAUUUUUUUUUAACUUUUCCAAGAUAGACCUGGUCAUAGCACAUCUAUCAUGUUAUCAUUAACCCUCUCAUUGUAUAUUAUACUGCA